UUGAUCGCGGCCAGCCCAAAGUCUCCAUACAUCUUCUCCACACUUUUCUGAACAGCAUGGUACAGUGCAGAAGGCUUUAACACCAGCAGUCUAUCUUCACUGUCUUUCAAGAGCCAAAUGAGACUUUUAUCCCUCGGAAAACAUGAGAUAGUAGGAGUCCCAGCUUUUAUUGAACUUGAGGUCUAUAGUUGGACGCUGGAAGACAGUCGGAAAGCAUCAUGAAUUACUAUGUCGGGGUUGACGUGGGGACUGGCAGUACCAGGGCUGCACUUUUCAACGCCGAUGGGAAGUUAAUUAAAAUCUCUAACAAUCCCAUUGAGACUUUUAAUUCUGUUCCGGAUUUUUACGAACAGUCUUCGGAGGAUAUCUGGGAUUCUGUCAAGAAAGUUGUCAAGAAUGUUGUCAGUGGAACGCCUAAGGAAUAUAUCAAGGGAAUUGGGUUCGAUGCGACAUGCUCUCUGGUGCUUCUGGAUGGAGCUGGAGAGCCUGUUACAGCGAGUUUGAAUGGGGAUGAUAGACGUAACGUUAUCCUGUGGCUGGACCACAGGGCAGAGGCAGAGGCCAAUUUCAUCAAUAUGAUGGGCAAUAAAGUCCUGAAAUACGUCGGAGGAAAGAUCUCCCUCGAAAUGGAAAUUCCCAAAAUUCUGUGGCUGAAGAAAAAUCUUCCAGACACUUGGAAUCGAGUGAAAUUGAUGUUCGAUCUUCCGGAUUUUCUCACCUGGAAGGCGACUGGCUCGGAAUUUAGGUCUCUCUGCUCUCUCGUAUGCAAAUGGAAUUACACAGCCAAUCCUGAUGGUAAAAACGGAUGGAAUGAGGAGUUUUUCAAUGAAAUUGGACUCUCAGUAUUGAAGGAAAAUAAUUGGAAGAGAAUUGGAAAUGAGGUGAAAGCCCCUGGGGAAGCAGUAGGAAAAGGCUUAUCCCGAACAGCUGCAGUCGAGUUGGGAUUAGCAGAAGGAACUCCUGUCGGUACAUCAAUAAUCGAUGCUCAUGCUGGAGGUCUGGGGAUGAUUGGCUGCUCUGCUCCUAAUAUAUCCGAUAAUUUCACCAGCAGAUUAGGGCUCAUUUGUGGCACCUCCACGUGUCACAUGGCAGUGAGUGAAAAGCCGACGUUUGUGGAGGGCAUCUGGGGCCCUUAUUACAGCGCAAUGGUCCCUUCCCUGUGGCUCAAUGAAGGAGGACAGAGUGCCACUGGAAAAUUACUGGAUCACGUCAUUGAAAUUCAUCCUGCUGUUAGUUCGAUUCGAAAAAAAAUCUACGGAAAGAUGCACAUCCAACAGUAUUUAUCGAACUUAUUACGAACAAUGGCUGAUCAACGAAAUUUCCCAGAUGUUUCGUAUCUCACUAAGGAAUUGCACGUGUGGCCGGAUUUUCAUGGGAACAGAUCGCCCCUGGCUGAUUCCACCCUGCAAGGCAUGAUCUCAGGGCUUUCUCUGUCGUCUGACGAGGAAAAUCUGGCAAUGAUCUAUCUUGCCACCAUCCAAGCCCUCACUUAUGGGACUAAACACAUUCUUGAAUCCCUGUCAGAGUCGGGAUAUGCCAUCGAAACGAUCCUGAUAUGCGGUGGAUUGAGCCAGAAUCCUUUGUUCGUGCAAAUUCAUGCAGACGUUCUCAAUCUCCCAGUUUUAAUUCCCUCUGAGAGGGAGUCUGUGCUCCUGGGGUCUGCGAUAUUAGGAUCCUGUGCUGCUGGCGCGUAUCCCUCGGUCAGCAAAGCCAUAAGGGCGAUGGCAGGCAGUGGAAGUCUCGUGAAACCUAGAUCUGUUUCUUAUCAAUAUCACGUGAGGAAGUACAAAGUCUUCAAAAAACUCCUGAAUGACCAGAGAGAGUACAAAAACAUGAUGAACGAGACCCUCUGAGUGAUGAAUUCCGUCCAAAACGCCCAAAAAAUCCAUUUCGUCACGUUUUAAUAACGAGAUUUAUUUUAAAAAAUAUUUUCUACAGUUUGUAAGCAGUACAAGACAGUAGAAUAUUCUAUAGAUUUUUUUGUAACAAAAGGGAAUACUAUAAUUGUGCGAUUUAACGUAACUUCUGUGCGAAUAAUUGAAAUAAAUGUCGAAUUAAUGAGGGAAAAGAACUAAUUGUAAAUAUAAUUGAUUCCAUUAAUA